GCUUUUUGUUUACAUUCAUUCUCAAUCGUACAAAACCUUUGAAAAUAUUGUCAGAUUUAUGUUUUGGUCUGUCGUUAUUAAUAUUUAAUAUUAUAAUAAUUUUGUUUUAGUGUUGUCUCCAACCUGAGCUGGAUAAAUUGUAGUAAUUCUUUAUCUGCCGCAAUUCAAAAUAUAUUUCAUGAAUCCAAUUAUGUAGUCUUACAUUGAGAAGUCAAGAAAAACAUCUAUGAAGAUGUAUUCAUCAAAUCAGUGAGGAUUAUAACUUAUCUCAUUACUAUACCUGUAGCGAGGUCGACGUCAUUAUGGCAGCACUCGACAGAGAGUAGUGGCAGCACUGUGACAAAGAAGAGUUCAACACAAAUUCAAGAAGCUUGACCUCUCUUUCGCGAAAGAAUUGUGAUGACGUCUAAACGUAAGACUCUAGUUGAACUUGGCAAUUCAUCCAGUGCCAUCAAUAUUCGAUCUGUACCUGCUCCACCGGAUGACCAGCUGUCUUCUGAUAAUGAAUGCAUCAAUGCCAUUGAUAAGCCGCCGCGUGAAACAUUCACCGACUCUUCUGAGGACUGCGAAGAAAUUUCAACUGAAGAUGCAAACUUCCAUUUGCGAAAAGUCUCGCCGUUUCUCUUUCGCAAUGUGAACUUGGAGCCUCUGACAUUUGUAUUGAUGCUUAACGACUUCAAUCUGGAGUUGAAGGCGAAAGACAUCAUUUCGAAAGGUGGUGGACUAGUGUACUCUUCACAGAGGUUGAUGGAUCCCUACAGUAUUGUUCUUGUUAAAGGCAGCAGUAUUGUCAGGGCUCAUGUGGGACCCGUGUUUACGAUACAGUUCCUAAUUGCGUGCAUUAGACGGAAUAAAAUUGUGAAUAUCAACAAUUAUAUGAAAACGUGUAACAAUGCUCCACAGCUUCAUAAAUUUGAUUUCAUGGAUGUGGUGUAUUUCAAAAGGAUUAAUUGGAGUGAAGUUCCCGAACACAUUAUAUUGAAUAAAAAGUUGGUUGUGAGUAAGGGCAAAACAAAUCUUGUGUCUGGUGAAAGUUCCGAAAAAAUUGUUUCAUUGGAUUUGACUACAAUAGACGAUAGUAGUGAUGAUUCUCUACAAGAAACUCCUGUAAUAAAAAACAAACAAGUAAGUAAACAUACACGAAUGGCUUAUUCUUCUGUUGAAGAUGCUAACAUUGUAAAGUAUCUUGUUGAUAAGAAAGCGUAUGGCUCUAUCAAGGGACAAAUGAUUUGGAAAAGUAUGGAGAAGAAAAACGUUUGUCCUCUUCGUACGUGGCAAAGUAUGAAAGAACACUUCCUUAAAAAAUUAUUGCCACAUAUAGAUUAUUUCAGUUUUCUCACUGACAAUCAAAAGAAAAAAUUCAAACAGUACAAGUGAUUUUCAAGUCAUCAAGUUUUGGGACACGUCUAACUCGUUUUAGUUUUUUAUGAAAAAUCAAAUUCCAGACCAAAACCACUACUUUUUGAAAUUUCAAAAUAAUAUUUUGUUAUAAAAAUCUUUGAGGCUUUAAUGUCUGAUAUUUCGUUAAUUUAAGACAUAUCAAAUAUAUGUGAUUAUACCAUUUUAAUUAUAAUUAUGUGCAGGCCUGCAUAGUACAGGUGACUCACCUGUAAUCAAAAUAUAUUCAAAGAUAAUAAAAUUUGUAAU